CCAAUGAUUGGAGGAAAAAAUACUACAGAGGUCACUUAUUUUAUCCUCUUGGCAUUCUCAGAUUUUCCCCAACUCUUGGUACCUCUCUUCAUCCUGUUUCUAUUGAUGUACAUUGCUAGUCUGACUUGGAACCUGGGCCUCAUUGUCUUAAUAGGAAUGGAUUCCCACCUGCACACACCCAUGUACUUCUUCCUCAAACAUCUGUCCUUCCUAGAUAUCUGCUAUGUGACAUCCACAGCUCCCAAGAUGCUCUCUACCUUCUUACAAGAACAGCAAACUAUCACCUUUGUGGGUUGUGUUGUUCAGUACUUCAUCUUUUCAACCAUGGGACUGAGUGAGUCUUGUCUCAUAACUGCCAUGGCUUAUGAUCGAUAUGCUGCCAUUUGUAAUCCACUGCUUUAUUCUUCCAUCAUGUCUCCCACCCUCUGUGUCCGGUUGGUUUUUAUGUCUUAUGUGGCUGGACUCUCUGGUUCUAUAUCUCAACUGUGUGCUAUACUUCAGCUCCACUUCUGUGGGCCUAAUACCAUCAACCACUUCUUGUGUGAUAUGUCCCAACUCUUGAUCUUAUCCUGUACUGAUACUUUCUUUGUACAAUUCAUGAUGGCAGUACUCACAAUGAUCUAUGGGGUAACAAAUGCUCUUGUUAUCAUGAUAUCUUAUGGUUAUAUUGUGAAUUCCAUCAUGAAGAUAACUUCAGCUAAAGGAAGGUCCAAGGCCUUCAACACUUGUGCUUCUCAUGUGAUGACGGUGAGCCUCUUUUAUACCUCAAGUAUCUUUGUCUACUUGAGUUCCAGCAUUGGCAGUUCCUCCACCUUUGAUAGAUUUGCAUCUGUCUUUUACACCGUGGUUAUACCCAUGCUGAAUCCUCUGAUUUAUAGCCUGAGGAACAGGGAAAUAAAAGAUGCCUUCAAAAGGUUGCCGAAGCGGAGAGAGUACUUCUGA